UCACUAACACUGAAAUUAUUUCAUGCUGAUGCCAUAUCAUGUCCAGCCAACGUUGUAUAUGUUAGUUCCUGCUAAAAUGAAACGGAUGAAUGUACAUAGAAUUCUGGUUGAAACAAUACUCAAACAUGAUCUAAUGAGGAUGAUGCUUGUGUGGUUGCUUUGGGAAAUCAACCUUUGCGAUUUCUCUCGAGGAGAAAGAACAGACUUUGAAGCUGCUGCUGAGCCUGAAUGCAAUUCAGCUGAAACUAAUUUUUAUUCUAAUAACGGUGAUGAUACUUUGGGUUACAGCAAGGUUGAUCAUAAAAGGUCAUCCAUGGAUGGGUGGAAUUUAACCUCGCAAAAGUUAAUAGACUCUUUUCCACUCGAUCCUAUCAGACAAAAUUAUGUGCGCCAAGUAAGAGAAUGUAUUUUUUCUGCUGUUCAGCCGACACCUUUCAAGUCUGCGGUCACACUGGUAGCAGUAUCGAAGGAAGUUGUGGAAGACCUUUUGGACUUAGAUGUGUCCAUAACAGAGACUCAGGAGUUUAUUCAGUUUGUCAGUGGUGCAAGAGUUCUGCCUGGGAUGAUCUCUCUAGCCCACAGAUAUGGUGGUCAUCAGUUUGGUGUUUGGUCUGGUCAGCUAGGUGAUGGAAGAGCUCAUUUACUUGGAGUAUAUGUCAACAGGCGUGGUACAAGAUGGGAGCUCCAACUAAAAGGCUCUGGGAAGACUCCUUAUUCUCGGGAUGGUGAUGGCCGGGCUGUUCUACGCUCAUCAGUAAGAGAAUUUCUUUGUAGCGAGGCCCUGAAUUAUCUUGGAGUCCCUACCAGCAGAGCAGCCAGUCUUGUUUUAAGCAAUGAUGACGUAAAAAGGGAUCAGUUCUACAAUGGAAAUGUGAAGAAUGAAAAAGGUGCAAUAGUUCUUCGUGUUGCUAAAUCAUGGUUUCGCUUUGGAUCGCUGGAAAUUUUAGCUUACUCUGGAGAGAUUGAAUUGUUAAGGAAAUUGGUGGAUUUUGUUAUUGAGCAAUAUUUUCCUUUGAUAAAUGCAACCAGUUCAAACAAGUAUCUGGAAUUUUUCUCUCAAGUUGUUACUGAUACUUCGUAUCUCAUUGCACAUUGGAUGUCAGUAGGAUUUGCACACGGUGUGUGUAAUACAGACAAUUUCAGUAUACUCUCUAUUACAAUAGAUUAUGGUCCAUUUGGUUUUAUGGAUUACUAUGAUCCUAAUUUUGUGCCAAAUACCUCUGAUGAUGAAGGUCGGUACAAGAUAGGGAACCAAGCCAAUAUUGGAAGAUAUAAUCUUGAUAAACUGCAGAAGGCUUUGAAUCCUUUAUUGGACCCUAUGCAGCAGUUGUUAACAGAACAAAUAUUAAAAGGAUAUCCUGAUCUUUAUCAGACAAAAUUUUUGGAAUUAUUUAAAGCUAAAUUGGGCUUGUCUGGACUUGAUAAUAAUGAUGGCUACUUGGUUGCAUACUUGUUGAAGUUGAUGGAGGAUACACAAGCAGAUUUCACAAUGACAUUUCGCCAACUUAGUGAAAUUACCAAGCAACAUCUUAAGGUUAACAACAUUUCUGAGGAAUACUGGGCACUUCAAGACCUUGCAAAACAUGAGAAAUUCUUGGAUUGGAUUAAUCUGUAUCUGUUAAGAUUGAAGAGGAAUGCAGCUGAUUCAGAUGAAGCACGCAUAAUCAGAAUGCAAAGUGUUAACCCAAGGUAUAUUCUCCGCAACUGGAUGGCAGAGUCAGCAAUCAAAAAGUCUGAAAGGAAUGAUUUCUCUGAGGUUCAUCUGCUGCAGAAGAUUUUACGCCAUCCUUUUACAAAGCAAACAGAAGCAGAGGGAGCAGGAUAUUCUUCCCGUCCUCCUCCAUGGGCUAAAGACCUUCGUGUCAGCUGUUCCUCUUGAUGGUGAAAGUAAAUUGUAGCAACACUAAAAACUGCUAACUGCAUACUUACUGGCCUUUAA